AUGUAUGGCACGUCUCAUUCUGCGACGAUGAACGGAAUGGGAGCAGAGGUCGUUGAUGGCUCCGGCACUAUCGACCCGGCCAACUUGAGCAACUCUGUCUCUGUUAUGCCGGCACUAUCCCCUGCUGAACCCAGUCCCCGUGGUGUCAAGCGUAGUCGCACUCCAGAUCGCGGUGGAAGUGGACAAACAGAAGGAGAUCAGGAUGAUGAGGAUCAGGGCCGUCGCAAGCGCGGACGCCCCCCGAAGACACCGCGGGCAAGCUCCAACGACCAGCCUGGCGCGGGCACCCCUGUUCAAACGCCGCAGAUGCAAUCCCGUCCGCUCCCUCACCAAACGGCCGGGUCUCCGGUUCUCGCAUCGCCUCCGGACAAGUCUACGCCGACAAAAACACAGGUCAAGGCCCUUCCGACCGUCAGAGAUCAUACGUCCGAUCAACUGAAUGAAGAGGGCGAUGAAUACAUUCCCAAGGAAUUUGACGAGGCCGGAGAGACAAAGGCAGACGCCAUGGGAUACCCGCAAGGUGGUCGUGAAUACAAAUGUCGGACGUUCCGUGUACCGAACCGAGGCAAUAAGCUUUUUAUGCUGGCGACGGAGUGCGCCAGGGUAUUGAACUAUCGCGAUUCCUACCUUUUGUUCAACAAGAAUCGGUCUCUACACAAAAUUAUCGCGUCGCAGAUAGAAAAGGACGAUCUGAUCCAGCAAGACAUCCUUCCUUACUCUUAUCGUUCACGUCAAAUCGCCAUCGUCUCCGCCAGGUCCAUGUUCCGACAGUUCGGUAGCCGUGUGAUCGUCAACGGUCGAAGGGUUCGCGAUGACUACUGGGAGAGCAAGGCACGGAAACAGGGCUUCACUGAGGACGACCUCGCUGGCGAAAAGCGCCCAGGAGCUGCGAAGACACGCGAUGGGACAGCGGUAGACAAUGAACGCCAUAAUAUGCUGCCGGCGCUUCCCCACAACGAUGUCAUCUUCAGCAGUACUAUCGAGCCACUGCCCCCCGGUCUUUCCUUGGAUGUUUCAGACUCCACUUCAUCGCUGACCCACCUGCCCAUGAUUCAUAUGGCAACGACGGAUGACCCGCGACUGCGAGAUUACAACAGCAUGCCACGAUCGCGACAGGAGUUGACCGGCCAAACGUAUCAGGAUGUCACCAAGAGCAGCGCCGGUUCAGAGAUCAUUCAUCAGGCUCAGACAGCAGCCGACUUCAACCGAGCCUUAGGGUCACAGCGAGCCCUUCGUCACAAGGGUCUCGAUGAAUUCUAUGCAAAGCCCCGUGAAGCUCCCGAGACUGAACCCCAGUCUAGCACUGCUCUCGACUCUGGACUAUCGGUGUCGCAGCCCAUUCAAACUGCCCAAAUACCACCGGCUGGAAUGGCAAACCAUGCACAUGCCCAGCACGUCAUGCCUCAUCAAGCGAUGAUGGCUGGUCAACCUGGUUUCCCGCAGCAAGUCCACCAACAACCUAUGGGACAGUCUCCCAUGAGGGGCAUUCCGCCAGGCAUGCAACCCAACCUUAUGCCCCAGCGUUCCACUCCGUCCAUGUCUGCCGGUAUGGCCCAGUCUCCUUACGGAUACCCGUCACAGCAACAACAGAUGUGGGGCCAGCCACCACCGCAACCUCAACCCUCGCCCUUGUCCUCACAGGGCCCGCAAGGGGUGAACAUGCCCCAAUACGCUCAGCAGAUGGCCGCUGCUCCCCAACAGGCACCAUCGCCUAUGGGUCAUCACGGCCAACAGCCCCACCAGUCUCCACGCAACCAGCAUCGACCAUCAGUACCCCAGAUGCCGCAACAAUUCGCUCAGAUGCAACAGCAUCCCCAAGCGCAACAGCAGGCCAUGGCAGGCAUGGGAUACCCGGGCGGUGCGCCGGCCGGCUAUCCCAACAUGGCGCGGGCAAUGUAUGCCGCAAAUCAGAACCCUGGCGGGCAAGCUUUCAUGACGGGCAAUCCUCAGCAAGCCGGUAUGGCAAUGGGCAUGGGAGGAGGUGGGAUGCCCGGAUGGCCCGCUGGGCCUGGUGGACCGAUACAGCCCGGUCAGCCGCAGCCUGGCCAGUCUGGUAGUCCGUUAGGCGGAUGGUCAGGCUACUAG